AGCAAAGGAAAAUUUCAUAUCUUUCAUUCGUUUCAAGGAAUUCAUCAUCUAUUUUUUUUUUGUUUUUGGUUUGUUGGUUUGCUCUCUCUUUCUCUUUCUUUUCUCUGUUUUCCAUCUGGGGGUCUGUCUGUGUUUCUUUCUCUUUCUUUCAUGCUCUUUGUACCUCUUUCUCCGACUCAGACAUAUAAACACACACCACAUAACGUGCAAAAUACCCAAACAGAAAAUUUUGCUUAUAUAUAAUAACAUUUAAUAUAUUUAGUAUAUAUAUAUUACCAGCUCUGUCCUGCUCUGUUCCGCAAAGCCAAAAACCACCCUACUUUUUUCUAGCUUAGUACUGUGACAAGGUUGUUUCUUCCAUAGGGAGACGAAGAAGAAGAAGAAGAAGAAGAGGAGGAGGAGAAGUAAGAAAGGGUAAACUUCAAAGCAAGAAAUGAAAUACGUGUUGGUGACUGGUGGGGUAGUAAGCGGCCUCGGCAAAGGAGUGACUGCUAGUAGUAUUGGGUUGCUUCUCAAGGCUUGUGGACUUCGUGUUACCUCCAUUAAAAUUGAUCCUUACUUAAACACCGAUGCCGGAACCAUGUCCCCUUUUGAACAUGGAGAAGUGUUUGUAUUAGAUGAUGGUGGUGAGGUGGACCUGGACCUUGGGAACUACGAGCGGUUCUUAGAUAUCAAGCUGACCUGUGAUAAUAAUAUCACUACUGGAAAGAUUUACCAGUCUGUUAUUGAUAGGGAGAGGAAAGGAGACUAUCUGGGAAAAACUGUCCAGGUUGUCCCUCACAUAACAGAUGCCAUUCAAGAUUGGAUUGAGCGUGCUUCGAAAAUCCCAGUGGAUGGAAAACCAGGUGAAGCUGAUGUUUGUGUCAUAGAAUUGGGAGGAACUAUAGGUGACAUUGAAUCCAUGCCGUUUAUUGAGGCAUUAGGGCAGUUUGCCUAUCGUGUAGGACCGGACAACUUUUGCUUGAUUCAUGUCAGCCUUGUUCCUGUUCUAAACGUCGUUGGUGAACAGAAAACAAAACCAACCCAGCACAGCGUAAGGGGACUGAGAUGUCUAGGAUUGACACCACACAUCUUAGCUUGUCGCAGCACGACGGCACUUGAGGAGAAUGUAAAGGUGAAACUCUCACAAUUUUGCCAUGUCUCGAAAGACAACAUUAUCACUCUGUAUGACGUUCCCAACAUCUGGCAUAUUCCUUUGCUCUUAAGGGAUCAGAAGGCUCAUGAAGCAAUCUUGAAAAUUCUGAACCUUCAAAGUGUGGCUGGGGAGCCUGACUUGGAGGAAUGGACUUCUAGGGCUGAAAUAUGUGACACAGUGCUUGAGCCGGUUCGUAUUGCUAUGGUUGGAAAGUAUACCGGUCUCUCAGAUUCCUACCUCUCUGUACUGAAGGCUCUUGUGCAUGCAACUGUUGCUCAGCGCAAGAAACUUCUUGUGGAUUGGGUUCCAGCUGGUGAUCUUGAAGAUACAACUGCAAAAGAGAAUCCUGAUGCUUACAAGGCUGCAUGGAAAAUUUUGAAGGGUGCAGAUGGUGUCCUCGUUCCCGGAGGGUUUGGUGACAGAGGAGUACAAGGAAAAAUUCUUGCUGCAAAAUAUGCCAGAGAAAACCGAAUUCCAUACCUUGGCAUUUGUCUAGGAAUGCAGACAGCAGUAAUUGAAUUUGCACGAUCUGUUCUUGGUCUAAGAGAUGCUAAUAGCACUGAAUUUGAUAACAACACCAAAAAUCCCUGCGUUAUAUUUAUGCCUGAGGGCUCAAAGACACAUAUGGGAGGCACCAUGCGCCUUGGAUCAAGAAAAACAUAUUUCCAGGUCAUGGAUUGCAAAUCAGCUAAACUAUAUGGAAACAAAAGCUUCAUUGAUGGAAACAAAAGGUUCAUUGAAGAGAGACAUAGACACAGAUAUGAGGUGAACCCUGAAAUGGUGGCACGCCUUGAAAGUGCUGGCCUCAGUUUCACUGGCAAAGAUGAAACAGGUCAACGCAUGGAGAUUGUUGAGCUUCGUAAUCAUCCGUACUUCAUUGGUGUACAAUUCCACCCUGAAUUUAAAUCAAGACCAGGAAAACCUUCUCCUUUAUUCUCAGGACUCAUAGCAGCAGCAUGUGGGCAGUUGGAUGGUUUCUUACAAGGCUGUGAGAACAAAAAGACUAUCAAAACAAUAGCAAGCAAUGACAUCCCAACCCCCAUAAUGUACCAAAAUGGAGGUGCAACAACGGUGGCAUCAAUUGGGAAACUGGAUGGUAUUGCUAUCUAUACCGAAUGCAAUGGAGUCCACUAGUUAAGGCUAGCUGUACAAGUAUUAUAGGGGUUUAAGAAUCUUCUUUCUGGUGUGGUUGUUUUUAGGACUAAAAAAUUCCAAAGUUUGUUUUGGAAAUAUUGUACAGUCAGUCAUAUGGGUAAUGGGUAGUUAUAGCUUUUCCAAAGGACUUGCAGGUAGAAAAGAGCUGAUCCUGGUGUUUUAAAACAGGACGGCUUUCAAAUUUUAUACUCGUACUGCAAUGAGAGAGCCUUCUCUACUUAUUUCUCUUUGGUUUAUUGUCACAAAUAUCCCAAUAUGCGUGAACUCGGCCAGUUUUCUUUCUUGUACUGCUUUUUGUGAGCCAGUUCCAUCCUUUUUGGAGCUGUGGUUUGGUCUUUCUGCAACUAUGUAAAUGGUUUGAACGAUUAUUUCCAUUUGAGUGAAAAGGGCGGUUUCUGGAUUCUUGAA